AUGGUGGAGCCUGGUCGAUUCGUUGCCGUAGCAAGUGGUGGUGAAUGGCAUGAAGUCUUCCUCGGAGCCGGCCUCCCUCAAGGGGACGGAAGGCUCUGGCUAUGCUACACGACCCACCAUGAAUUCGCGCGCAAUUUCACCUGGGUUGCUGUAGAGCUCUCAGAAGCAGGGGUGAUCUGCGCCAGCUCCAUUGGCAAAGCACGAUCAUAUCCAGGCCUUACUGAUGAGCAGGUGAACUGGACUUGCGAGGGCAAGUGCGGUCGCGAGCUGUGGUGUCCUGGACCUGCAAAGCGUAAAGCCAUUGUGGACCAUGCGGUGCGCACAUGCCAGCAGCUGGGUAACAUUCCCGUGCCUGCCGUGGUUGCCGCCGGUGGCCCGUCGCAAAUUCUUCCCUCUUUGAUUGGUUAUUUGCCACCGCCAACGCCUGAAGCUGGGAGCUUCUAUGUGCUUUUCCUCGGAGGCACCUGGCAAGAAGUUUUCCUGGUUCGGGCCACGCAGUCGGAUGGCAAGCACUGGCUGGCUCGAACAACAACUUGCGCAUGCACACCUAUGUGGAGUCUUGUGCGUUUGGAGCCCGGCUACUUCUUGAAAGCUAAUGCGGACCGGAGCUACCCCAUCCUCAUGGAAGAUGACGUAUGGUGGAUGGUAACAGAAAACAAUGAGGCCUACGUGCCCUGGGUGCCAUCAGACUUAAAGGCCAUUGACCAGGAGGCCAACGCGCUGCUCGCGGGCAUCGGGAUCAUACCUGAAGAGGCCUACUGCAUUGCGGGGCAGCAGGAGCCGUGGCUGCGCCAUUGCCAUGAUGUCAACCGGGAAAUCGUGCUGCCGGAGGCUGGGAAGUUUGCAGCAGUAAUGUAUGAUGGCCAUUGGCAAGAAGUGUUCUUGUGCGUGCAGCUGGGGGAUGCCUCUAACUGGCUUUGCCUGACAUGGGCAACCGCAAAGAACACGUUCUACUGGUGCGCGCUACAUCUUGUGGAAGGCCAAUGUCUGAUUUUCAAGAACAGAGGAAGCAACCGUGUGGACGUAGAUAUUGACGUGCGUCAGCUCCGUCAACCACCAACUUUCGAGGAAGUGUGGGUUCCCGGCCCUGUCCAGGUUCAAUCUGCACUCAAAGACGCAGAGAUCGUGCUGCAGCAGCUCGGAGAUAUCCCUCCCCAAUUCUAUGUUUGGGCCGGAAGUGUUGUUGAGGACGACGAUGAGAGCAGGCACUUGCCUGACAUUGUCGAGGUGGGCAUGAAGCUGCUCCAGGGCCAAUAA